AUGCUAACACUUGAACUGCUCAAGCUUGGGAUACUGACACUUGAACUGCUGAAGCUUAGUAUGCUAAUACUUGAACUGCUCAAGCUUGGGCUACUGACAAAUGAGCUACUCAAACAUGGGAUGUUGACACUUGAACUGCUCAAGCUUGGGAUACUGACACUUAAACUUCUCAAGAUUGGGAUGCCAAUAUUUGAACUAUUUAAGCUUGGAAUGCUAACACUUGAACUGCUCAAACUUGGGAUACUGACACUUAAACUUCUCGAGAUUGGGAUGCCAAUAUUUGAACUAUUUAAGCUUGGGAUGCUAAUACUUGAACUGCUCAAGCUUGGGAUACUGACACUUGAACUUUUCGAGAUAGGGAUGCCAAUAUUUGAACUAUUUAAGCUUGGGAAGCUAAUACUUGAACUGCUCAACUUGGAUACUGACAAAUGA